GCUCCCUCGCUCCCUCUGUCUUUUAUCUGCUCUGAGGCCAUUCUGCCUCUUUCACCCUCAGCCGUCGGCUGGCCGACAGAGAGAAUGGCCCAACUGGAGGAUUUCCUGAUAUUUGAUCCGAAAUGCUCUUUAUAUCCCAUCAAUUUGGUGCAUCAGAGAAGAGUCAACCUUGUCACAUUUGCCAUGGUGGGACAUCUCCACCAACUGGAACAUCUGUUUGAUUUUCAAGCAAAAAGAGACACUGCUUCUUCUUUUGUUGGAGGAUGGAUUGUUGAUGCUGCUUUUUGCUGACUGAGGCCUUGCGUCCCCAGAGUGAUUUUCUUUUUUUCAUGUUGUUGGGCCUUAAUUGUGAAGCAAAACUGGAAUUUUAAGGUAUGGACAGAUUUCCUUUCCUGACUUUCUUCACCAGACAGGAACAGAGAAAGAAGCAAUGGAAUUUAUUUGAUUCUCUGCAAUGUCAGGAAGGACUUCCUAUCCUCGGAGAAAGCAGAAGCUUCUGGAUGUUGAAACAGGGAAAUCUAGCAGAGAGCUAGAUGAGGAGAAAGAUUGUGCGCCGCAGCUCUCGCACUGCCCAGCUUGCAACCAGGAGUAUGACAUAGUCCUGAUCCUGCCGUGCUCUCACACCAUGUGUAGUCACUGCAUUGCGGCUGGAGGGAGAGCAAGUUCAGGUCAGCCACAUCACCGUAGUGCCGGUCCACCUGUCUGCUCUGUGCUGUGCCCGGGCUGCCGACAUCCUGUAGAGCUGCCAUGCUGGAACUGGUCAUCUGCCACCUCCUGUCUCCCACGACAUCCUACCCUGGCUCCAGCAUGUGUCAGCAUGGAGACAGGCGCCAGGGGGGGAGCAUCUGAAGAUCACCUCCAACAUGUGCAGGGGGACAUGUACUGCCGGGACAAAGGUGACAUGAAAGCACAUGACUCCAUUGCUGCCAGUUCCUCAAAAGUCCCAGCGGAGGGCGUUGUAGACCUAUGUGAGGGGGAGAUGGAGCAGUCCGUCUAUGGAAUACGUUUCCUUCUGGACCCUUCAACUGUCCCUCCAUCCCUCCAUCUUUCUAACUCCUCACUCACAAUCACCUACCAAGGAGAGAGUCCUCCUGUCCCACCUCCAGACAACAAGCUCAGGAGACUGUUGACCUCUGACCCCGGGGUGACGCUGGCCCUCCCUGAGGUCUGCGCUGAUGUUGUCAUUGCUCGGGGACAGUAUUACUGGGAGGUGGAUGUCUGCAACAGCUCUGUCUACAGGAUCGGUGUGAGAUCGUUGGAUGGUCCGGAUGGUUGGUGGCUCGGUAGGCACGGCCUAUUUUUUUUUGCGGUGUAUGAUGGGAGCCAGGAGCCGCUCUGCAGUGUCCCGCCUCAGAUCAAAACCCUUGGGGUCUUCCUUAAUAUUGGUGGGGGCACGCUGAGCUUCCAUAACCCUCUGACCCAGGAGCAUCUCGCCACGCUGCCAACCCGCUUCGAAGCUGCUGGAGUCCUCCCAGCUCUGGGCCUGGGCCAGGGCCACCUGAGGCUGCGCUGCAGCCUUCCCCCUCCUCCCCAUGUGUUCCUUAGUAAGGACUCAGCCUACAGGGUCUCUUGUGACAGUGGCGGAGGUGGGUGGCGCAGGGAGAUUACCUUCCAGUCAGUGAGGAAAGUGAUACAGAAGUUUGAGGAGCUGGCUGUGUCAGACUCAGACUCAGGCCUGGUGUCCAGUUUCGGAUCAUCCAGCUCCACCUUAGCUUCCCUUCCAGAUCUGGGAAUUCCUGGGAUGGUUCCCUCUGGGCAAGCAGGACAGGAAACUGGGGCUGAAUAAGAAGAGCUACUGAAACACACCUACUGCUCCUCAGAGUGGUUUGAUCUUUGGCUGUCAUUUGAAAGGCUAAUUUUUCAUCUUGGAUGACUUCUGGCUGCCUCUCUCCACUCUCUGUGUGACCCUGGACCUGCAAUUGACUCUCUCCACAGGACACAGCCCUUUCUCUCAACCAAACAACCCCCGCUGGUUUGGGAUCGGACCAGAAAGGGUCCUCUGUAAUGUGAAGUGUGAGGAAAGGGUGGGCUUUCAACAGCAGGGCAGCUUGAUUUGUCUCUGUGAAAUGGUUGUCAGACAGUAGGGGUCCUACAGUAGUAGUGCACAUGCUCCUGCAUGUGUGUAUGUGGGCAUGAGCACUAUCCUGAGUGUGUGCGUUUGCACAGCCGCAUUUCGCUGAACGUGUGAGCAAGAGGGAACAAUGUACAAGCGACAGGGGGCGAGAGGACGAGGUGUGAGUACAGUCACACCGGCCGUGUUGACACAGAGCAGUAAGGACAGGUGGUAACAUACGGUUGUCCCGCGGCCUGCCUUUCGAUAGGACAGUAGGGCUGCCCUUUCCUGACCCUUUGAAAACCACAGGACUCCCUAAGACUUCAAAGGGGGCAACAGAGACACGGAGAACAGAGAGGGAGAAAGAGAAAACAGCAUGCAUGAAUUAAAGACAGCAGGUGAUGACCUGGUAAAAAAAAAAAAAAAGAAAAAGAAAUGAGUUGAGAGAGGGAUUCCCAUCAGCUUUCAUGCCAAGAAGCUCUGAAUAGAUCAACUGGCUCAAGUCACACCAUCAGAGAACUUGUUUUAAGGCAGUAUUGAGUUGCAGAAACCACUGUUUUACAUUUAAAACGAUGAGAUUACAGUCAAGUGAUAGAGUCACAAUGGUGGUCUUUGAACAGACACAGAGAUGCAAUUUUAUUGGUCAGAGGUUGAAAACAAAUGUAUGUUUUAAUAUCUCUGUUUGCUUAGUGUUUUCUCUCCUACUAAGACCUUCUCUUCUGUUUCUCCUUUAUUGGCUUUUAGCUCCACACCCCUGGUUUUGUGUGUUAUGCCCAGAUUCAAUCAGAGCGAUUUUGGCAAAAGAAAAUUUUUCCUCAUUUUUUCCUUGAUCCCCAGGGCUCCAAGCCCCAUUUGAAGAACCACUGGUGCCGAGGACUAUUUAUACUUGGCAUGUCGGAUGUUCUUGCCAUAUUCUCCCUAUGACCCUGUGACCCUGUGACUUAUGAUUAAGUAAUGCAGGCCCCACUAAAGAAUUCACUCCUGUCCCACUUUAUUUCCUGUUUUUCAAAAACUAUAUUUUCUUGUUGGAAGGUGUAAUCACCAAGUAUUUAGUCAGACCACCCAAACUGAAAAUGCUAUUGUGAGACAAAAAAAAAAAAAUCCUUGCAUUUGAAACAAGCAUCAAUCAGUCCAUGCACUGCAGGGGCACUUUAGAGGACGAGUAGCAGUGGAGCUGGUCCAAUUUUCCAUUGAGCAUCAUUCAUUUUGUGUAUGCUCGAAAUCAGUUAAGCAGCAGGUCAGACUCAGUAAUAGGCGAUGAGUCAAAGAGAGGCUUGUUAGACUGUCGCCUCUCAGACCACUCAUCAGGAUGACUGUGUGUUGAUGUUUAACGGUCGGGGUAUUUACCACGCCGGUAAAAAAUGCGUGUGCCGUGACCGCUCCUGGCACGAGCUCUCUCUGCAGAUCUAUUACGGACAAAGUGUGUGGAAGCAAUUUGACUCUUGUAAACAGAAAUGAGAGAGGCGUGAUGCAGAUUUCAAAGGGAGACGAGAGAGGGGGGGGAGUUUGCCAGGAAGGAUGGAUAAGACUUGAAAUGCGUUGUGCCAUGUGUGAGUAUUUGGCAGCGUCUACUGUAUGUAGUCUGGCUUUCUGUGCAUGAACUGUAUGGCAAGGUGCAGUGGUGGAAUGUAACUAAGUACAUUUACUCAAGUGCUAUAAUUAAGUAAAACUAUUUCUUCAAUUCUUCUUCAAGUUAUUUGUUCAUAUAUUGCCCUGUACCAUACUCUUAUUGCACUUCUUUAAGGUCAAGUGUGUAGGGUUUAGGAGAACAUAUUGGCAGAAACUGUUUAUGAUAUUCGUUCAUAUAUCUUAAUUAGUGUCUAAUUACCUGAAACUAAGAUUUGUGUUUUCGUGACCCCAAACUGAGCCUUUUAUAACUGUAGAGGGAGUGGAUCCUCAUCACAGAGUUCACCAUGUCAAACCCCCAUGAUUCAACAGAAGCUCAGAAAGGACAAACCAAACAAUGACUGUAGAGAGGGACUUUUGUGUAUUUAGCGGCUGGUUUCACAUCAAAUCAGGCAGUGCAGUGUAAGCGCACGGGGCUCCGAGAAAGAAAUGCAACCGGCUGCGGCAUACAAAACGAAACCAACACCGAAGGUUAGCCCGGCGUCUUGUGUGGCGGCCAAUCACAUAAACUGACUGCAUGAACGGGAGAAACCACAGUGGAUUGUAACAUCGUGUGUCAUGUGUAUUCACUCGGUUUGGCAUUGUGCACCAGUUUAAAACACUUCUGUGGAUGCCGACGAUCAAUGUCGGACCUGCAUGCUUUACCUACUGUGGCGGGGGCAUGACGACAGAUCAGACGAAGAUCAGAACGGGUCAGUAGCUCGGCAUGUUAUUUAUCAUGGCCAAACGCCACAGAUGGAAAACAACUGUCAUUUUUGUGUGGUGGCGUGGCGUUUCAAUUGUGACCACUUGGUUUGUUUUUCUGCCCCAAUUUAAAACACACAAUAAUGAUCUUCCUCAUCCUGAUUGUUUACUGUUAUUUUGUGUCCGUCAGUGAGGACAAACGAUCACUAGUAGGUCCAACAUGCUAGGAGCAUAAAAACAUAACAGCUUCACCUUUCUGCAAACUGAUCUGUGGGGGUUCCCAGCACCUCACACACACGGACUAUGGAGUGACACCCCCACAUUUAGCCGCACCACCUGGUGUCAUCUGAAUGUAACCUAAAUCCUACUCACUUGACUUUCAAUCAGUCUUAUUCUAUUUUAGCGUGUUUUUUUAUCUUUUCAUUUUAAUCUUGUGUGUGUACAGGCUAUUGAAUGGAUGUGAACUUAGUUUAAAGUUGUGUAAAUCUGUGUGCACCGAAGUGUCAAUUUGAACAACACCUGGACUUUUCCUACAUCUAAAGGUCUUCUGUGACUGGCUAUAGGCCAUUAAAUGUGACAUUUUGUUGGAUUGUAAACAGAAAGGAGUGCACGCACCAUGUAUGUUUGCUCUUUCAUGUUGUGUGUUAUGUCUUAUGUAAAGUACUUUUAAUUGUCGAAAGUUGUUAGAAAUAAUCUGGCAUUUCCU